UUUCAUUAAAUUAACAGUGAUAGAGACAGAAAUAAUGAAAGUGUCUCAGUUAAAUGAUAGCGAACAGUUUCUAAUAUGUAACGUUCGAUUGGCAGGAACGAAGAGAAUUUUAUUCAUCAUCGGAAGUUUAUGCAUUUGUUUUGUGCUAGUGCUGUUUUUCUUACUGAAAAAUGUUGAAGUGGUUGAAACAAAAGAGCGUCUCAAACGAUCGACGAUUGAAAAAGUUAACUUCAAUAAUGUCAAUAAAGUGCGUAAAUUCGAUGGCCAAAAAAGUGAAUUUGGACAUCGUCAAAAGCGAUUUUCGUCAGUUGAUCCCGUCCACUUCGGAAUGCCCGUGCAAGCAAAAAGUUUAAGAACAAAACGAUUGACUGAAAAUUUACAACAGUUAAAAGUGCAAUAUCAGUUCUGUAAAAAGACCAGUGCCGACAAACGUGAAUGUGCCAAAUAUUUCAAUGAAAUGGUUAAAAUAAGUGAAGCUAUUUAUCACGAAAUUAAAGCACUCGGUGAAGGUGAUCAAGAUUUUCAAACCGUUCAUCAAAAAAUUGUUCAGCGAGAAUUACCAUUGCCGCCGUGGCCGGAACCAAUUGGAGAACCGCUUAAUGAAGUGAAUCAAGAAGAAAAAGUGCCACAUAAUAUGAAAUCGUUUACACAUUUUCCACGCAUUCACGAAGAAUUAGAUAAAAAACGAAUGAAUUUAUGGAAUGUUGAUGAUACACCAAAUCCACCACAAGCAAUGCCAAGACCACCAGCACCACAUCGUUUGUCAGUACAGAAUUUUCAUCCAAGUCGCUUACAAUCAUCACAUGCAACGUUUCGUGAUAAUGAGAAAAUCAAUCAGUUGAAAACUCCAAAUAGUGGUGACCAAAGUGGUCAAGUUAUGCAGUUUUGUGAACAAUUAGCCCGUAGUCAAAACACACACAUGGAUCAAUCGGCUUCUGGCGGCAAUUUGCCUGGAUACACAUCAAGCGGAUUUGUCACGAACAACGUUCAACCUUAUAAUAACCAGAAUUUCCAAAGCCAAAUAACAAAUAAAAACCGAAAUUUCCCACAACAGCAACCGCAGCAGCAAAUACAGCAACAAUUUAGUCCCAUUGGUGUUGUUGUGCCAGUCGUGCGUUCCAUUCCAGUUUCGAGUCCCGUAUGCAUGUUUGUGCAGACAGUACCAGUGCAGACAGUACCAGUUUACCAAUGUGGCGGUGUAACAGAUCCAAAUUUUAUUGUUGAUUCAAAUACGCCGAUAUUCGGAGAAACUGGCAGUGCUAUUGGCUGUGAUCCGUUGCCUAUUCCGACACCUAAACCGCUUCCGAAUCAAAUGUUGCCGAACAAUACCAUAAGUCCGUUUAAUACAUGCAAAGAAGGUGAAACAUCAUGUAUAAAUUCGCAUCAAUGUGUUACAAAUGAAAAAUGGUGUGACGGUGUGGUUGAUUGCUUGGACGCCAGCGAUGAAACAUCGUGUUCAUGUGUGUCUCGCCUGAAUUCCGAUAAAAUUUGUGACGGAUAUUUGGAUUGUCCUUUGGGUGCCGAUGAAAUUGGAUGUUUUGGCUGCAACAAACACUCAUAUUCAUGCUACAAUAAUGCUGACGAGAAAACCGUAUUGGGCGCCAUGUGUUUCACUUUAGAUCAGAAAUGCGAUGGUUUCACAAAUUGUUUGAACGGAAAGGACGAAGAGGAUUGUUCAAUGCUAAUCAAGCGCAUUGGAUUGCAUACGUCGUUUAUGGUGCCGAACACCGAAGGUGUUCUAUAUCGAAACUACCGCGGACGUUGGUAUCCGGUGUGUGAGUAUUCAUUGAAUUGGGCCAAAGACGCAUGCGAAUCCGAAAUGGGUGAACUGUCCGGAUUUCCAGAAGUUCAAAGUCAUUUUGGCCUAUUGCCGGGCAAAUUUAUUUCAUUGUCUUCGUACGAUGAGAGGGAACAUUUAUCGAAUCGGAUUCGAUUUUUUGAUACCUGUUCCACUCAAAAAGGACGAGAUAUUCAUAUUCGAGUCAAGUGUCCACCGAUGAAAUGUGGUAGCAUUAAAAAACCUUUGUCGAAUCUACCAAAACUUCGUAUUCGAAAUGAAAAUGAGCGCCGCAAACGUGAUGAAUAUCUACGAAUCGUUGGCGGAGACCGAUCUGGACCUCAUAGUUGGCCAUACAUUGUUGCCAUUUACAAAGACGGAAAGUUCCUUUGUGGUGGUACGAUUUUCAACGAGUUUUGGGUCAUUUCGGCUGCUCACUGUGUGAUGAAAGCCGGUCAACAUUACUAUGAAGUGCAUGCCGGUUUGCUUCGUCGGUAUAGUUUUGCGCCUGAGGUUCAAAUCCGAAAGGUUGAUGCUGUUAUUAUAAAUGAUGGUUAUGUUGGAACUGUUUUUUUAAAUGAUAUCUCAUUGCUCCGCAUGGAAAAGCCAUUGAUUUUCAAUCGAUGGAUACGGCCAAUUUGUUUACCAUCUCCCGAACGAGUUACCAAUCAAAUGGAUCUAAAUUGGAUGGACGGACCACCACCAGGAACCACUUGUACUGUUGUUGGUUGGGGUAGAUUAUCCGAGGGUGGAUCGAGUCCCGACAAUUUGGAAGAAGUGAAUGUACCAAUAAUGGAGAAUUGUAAGACAUCAGUUGACAUCAGUGGCAAUGAGAUUUGUGCUGGUGAAAAAGAUGGUGGCAUCGGCGCUUGUCAGGGCGACAGUGGAGGACCAUUAAUAUGCCGAAGUAAUUUGGAUCCAAACGAAUUUUAUAUUGCUGGUAUUAUUAGUAAUGCUGAGAGAUGUGGUCGACCUACAGUUUAUACACGUGUCGCCUUGUAUAUUGACUGGAUCAAUACAAUGAUCAAUUCAGAUCUUCGAACAACCGCCGCUUUUACAAAACGUGAAUGUCCUGGUUUUACGUGUGUUUGGAGUGGUCGCUGCAUUUCAAAGGAAUUUGUUUGUAACGGUCAAGUCGAUUGUUUGAAUGGCGAAGAUGAAUUGAAUUGUGCAUUCCACCCGGGUGGUAGACCGAGGAAGAGAGUUGGCAGAGAGAAAGCCGAUGACCAUGAACUUCCUGAAGGCGGCGAAAAUUCAAAUAUACCACGUGGUCAACUUGAUCAGAAAAAGCAAUCAAGCACGAAAGCUCCAGUCACUGUCGGUACAACUACGGAAGCAUCUGUCACCGUGAGGCCGAUCGCUUCGACAACAGAAGUACUAACAACCGAAGCACCUGACACUGUGAAGCCGGUUGCUACAACCACUGAAGCACCUGUUACCAUGGGACCGAUUUCUACAACAACGGAACCCAUUGAACCAGUUCUUCCAAUCAAUCCAGUAACUGACACCCCUACUGCAACUACAACGGUUGCUAAUCACCCAGAAAAAUUGAGUACCACCGUUCCGUCAGCAAAAACGAAACGCAAAAAAACUACUAAAAAUAUUAACAUCACAUCAAUCCCUGUUCCUCUCGUGACGACUACAAAGAGUCCGAAACAUUCAAGUUCAAUUGAAAAGCCAGCCGAUUCAGGUCCAUCGGUAUUUGAUCAAGAAGACCUGGGCCCAACGAAAGCAACCAAUUCACGGAACAGCACGCUUGAAACGACUACAGAAGGAUUUAUAAUCCCCGAAGCUAAAGAAGGCGCCGACAUUUUCAUAUGUACAAACAUUACCCAAACGAUAGACAUUGCAAUGCGAUGCGAUAAAAAUGCUGACUGUGAAGACGGUACCGAUGAACAAAACUGUUCUUGUCGCGAUAUAUUGAAAAAUGAUUAUGCUCAUUUGAUUUGCGAUCAGCACGUCGAUUGUUUGGAUCUCAGCGACGAAAAGGGUUGUACUUUGUGCAAGAAAGAUGAAUUCGAAUGUCGAAAAUCAAAACAGUGCAUUCCAAAAGAUCAGCAGUGUGACGGACACGAGGAUUGUAAAUUUGGCGAAGACGAGCAGGAAUGCAUUGCUUUGACCGAUGGCAAAGUGGUCUUAAUGGAUGCCGAAUUGAAACCAGCCUUAAGACAUGAGGGAGUUUUAUGUGAAAAUGCGAAUGGCAGAUGGUCGGUUCGAUGCGUCCGACGAAUGGAACCUCAGAAAAACUCUGAAUUGGCUGGCGAAACAUGUACACUUCUAGGUUUUAGCGGCUAUGUUUCGCAUAAUGUCAUCAUGGUCAAUAAAGACGGUGACUUUAAAGCAAAGCCCAGAGAUCACAAUCACCGAGUUAACUUUAUGCGGCAAACAGUUUUUGAUCGUCACUCAAUGCCUCGAUUCAUGUUCAAAAGAAGCUUAGACAUCAACAAAUUUUUGCAUGUAUCACAAGAUGAUGAUGAUCUUAACAUGUCCGAUAUUAUUGUUGGGGCACCGUGUGAAUGCUUUGCAUUAUCAAUCCAAUGUGUUCCACAUAUGGUGAUGCCAAUUAUAAAUCCAACCCCAGGCGAGCUCUUACCAAGUGAUAACGAAACAUCACCACCAACAUCGACCAAUACACCUGUGACAACACCGAAACCAACGGCACACCCAACGGAACCACAACAAUCGAAACCAAUUGAACCGAUCAUUCAACCCGAAAAAGUGCCAAAUAUUAUUGUUCCUAUUCCGGCAAAUGAUAGGCAAGAGGACAUAAUUGUUGACAAUUUCAGUGCGCCAUGGAUUGCAAGUAUUUUCAUUGAUGGCGAUUUAUCAAGCAUUGGCGUUUUACUGGAUCGGUAUUGGGUGUUGAGCGAGAAAACAGUCAUCGAUUCGGUCAAUUUGGACCAACAUGUGAUCAAUGUUAUAUUAGGACAUUCGAAGAGUCCACCCAACGUUCUAACGCUAACCGAGCAGAUAAUUCGUGUCGAUUGUGUUCGCGCCUUGCACAAUUCAACUUCCGCAAUUUUAUUGCAUUUAGCCAAUUCACCGAAAUUUGAUCGAUACACGUUGCCAACGUUUUUAUCGCCACGCAUCGAUGAAAAUGAUGAAGAUUGUGCCGCCAUUACGCAUGGACCGACUGGAGGUUUUGUCAGUAUUCCAAUCGUACGAAAUGAGACCGAUUGCCCAGAUGAACAAAGCAAUUGCUACCAAACCGAAGAACUGAUUGAAAAUAUAAAAUGCGACGCAUUUGAUGCAUCCAAAUACGGAUUAGUUUUUUGUCGAUCAGAGCAAAACAACACUUAUUAUCCGAUUUCAAUUUUCUCACACGAUGACGGCCUAUGCACCUUCAAUAAUUUGACACAAAUUCAGCCACUGGAAUAUAGUUACCGAAGCAUUGAAUCGAUUUUGAAUUGGCCAUUGUGUUCGUAUACAAAACAAAUGCCUGACUGUUCUGGUCAUCGAUGCCCAUUAGGCGAAUGCAUUAGCAAUGACAGAGUUUGUGAUAAAACGCCCGACUGCGUAGACGGCAGCGAUGAACACGAAGAAUUAUGCCGGAUAAAGAAGAAAUGUACACCACAAGAGCUGCAAUGUGGCGACGGUACCUGCGUGUCCAAAACAAAGUUUUGCGAUCGAGUGGCGGACUGUAAAGAUCACAGUGAUGAACCAAAGGGAUGCACUUGUUUCCAAUAUUUCGAAUUAACAGAUCCACGGAAAAUUUGUAAUGGAAUUCCCGACUGCCAUGAUAAGUCGGAUGAGAAUCUGAAUUGCCCAUGUCGACGAGAGAGUUUCCGAUGCGGAGAUUCCGGCAUGUGUGUUCCGCCUCAGUUUGUCUGUGAUGGACAAUCCGACUGUCCCCGUGGCGAAGACGAGCAAUCUUGUCAUGGCGUUGAAGAAGGAUAUGAAAAUAGCGGAUAUUACCGUGUUAUUGAGCGAUCGGCUGGCGAAUGGCAGACAAAAUGCUUAUGGAAAGCGAAUCCAAAUCCUCCAUCAAAAGUGAAACUUAAACAUAUAUGCAAUGAAUUGGGUUUCGUAAACGCAACAAAUAUUCAGUAUCAUCUUUUGGAUAGUGCACAAGAGGAUAAACCGAAAUAUCCAAAGAAAUCCACCAAAGUUAUUUGGAAAAAUGUAUUUUCCGUUGUUCAAUUGAACGAUAAAUUUCGUUUAACAAAAGUUAAUCACGGCCCAAAAACCAUUCAACACGUUCAUUGGGACGAUAACGACAAAUCGAAUUGUUAUCAACUUGAAAUUAGCUGUACUUAAGACAUCUGACUUUUUUUCUCUUUUAAAAUGAAUAAAUCUAUU